AUGGAGGAAAUGAAGAAUCAUGAAAUCAAAGAAGGAUCAACAACGGAGAAAGUAUAUAUAGCUGUAGGAAACGAUUUACAAGAAGGUUUCAAGACCAUCGAUUGGGCUUUAAAGAAAUGGAACAACAUCUCAAUCUCCAUUGUUCUUCUCCAUCUCUGCUACAUUUCACAAGAUUUUGUUUACACCCCUUUUGGGAAGCUCCCAGCGAGUUCUGUGAGCGAGGAAAAGCUUGAAGUUCUCAGGAAAUACGAAGAGCAAAAGAUCAACAAAUUGUUGUCUAAAUACGUUACUUUUUGUGGAAAGUUACAGGUGAAAGCAGAGUUACUUAAGGUUGAGAAGCAAGAUGAUUCAGUUCAAGUGCUAAUAUUAGAUUUGAUCUCAAAGCUUAGAAUCACAAAAUUCGUCAUGGGAAUCACUUUCAUGAGAUCUUCAUCAUCUUGGAAAACGAAAAGUGCAAUAAGCGGAUCGUUCUAUGUAUAUCAAAACAAACCAGAAUUUUGCGAAUUUCAUAUAAUUUGUGGAGGCAAAAUGGUUUCGCUAAAGAGAGAGAACGAUGUAAACAACAACAACAAUAUAAGAAGUUGGAUUGGUAAAAUGUUCCAUGAUCCGGGAAGAAAUCUAGACCGUUCAUCUAUCAACAAUGAUGAUCAAACGGCUAGUGGAAGUCCAUGGGAUAAUAAUUUGCAGGAGAUGGAGAAUUAUUUCCAGCAAUUGUUGAGUUUGAAUCUCGAAGAAGACGAAAACGCUGUCGAAGAUAAUGAUGAUGAUGAUGAUGGCGUGGCACUAGACGUGCUGCAACAUAUGAAUGUAGCAGAGAAGUUAGAGUAUGUGAGAAGAAAGGUUAAUGAAGCUAAGCUGAUGACAGAAGAGAAAAUGAGAGAAGUCAAAGUCAACGCUGAGAGAUCAGACAAAGCUGACUGGGCAAUCUCUUUAUGCAACUGCAGAAUAGAAGAGCUUGAAGCUGGGAUAAAAGAAGAAAGCGAGAAACGAGAGAAGCUUCAAGGGGUGCUAGAUUCGGAUAGAGAAUGUAUCGAAGAAGCAAGGAAUGAGGUCGAGAAAGGAAAAACAAAGCUUGUUUCCCUUGGGGAGCUUCGAGAAGAGCUCUCAAGCAAGGUCAAGACAAUGAUGGAGGCUAAAUCCAAAGCUGAAGCCGAGCUAGAGAGGGUCGUGAUAAUGAAAGGAGAGACGAUGAUGGAGAUUGAGAAACUUAGGAACCAAAGAGAUGUUUUUAACCGUAGGAUUGCGUUUUGCAAAGAGAAAGAGGCGAUAGGGUUGGUUUCCAAGGAAGAAGUGAAGUGUGGGUAUAGAGAGUAUGUUGCAGAGGAUAUCAUAUUGGCCACGGAGAGUUAUUCUGAUCGAUUGAGGUUGAAAUCUGGAGGUAAUUGGACGAAUGUGUACCGAGGAAGGAUCAAACAUACAACCGUGGCUGUGAAAGUGAUUGGUGAUCGUUUAUCAGAUGAGGGUUUUGGAGCAAAAGUCAAGCUUCUGAAUGAGAUUAGGCAUCCUAAUUUGGUAGCCAUCGCUGGGUUCUGUUCAGAGAAGCCUAAAUGCAUACUCUUCGAAUAUAUGCAUAGUGGGAACUUGAGGGAUAAUCUAUUCACAUCGCAGAGGAAAUCUAGGAGGAGCAAAAUAUUGAAAUGGCAUGAUAGGAUACGUAUAGCUCAUCAGGUUUGCUCUGGACUCGGGUUUCUCCAUUCCGUUAAGCCUAAACCCAUUGUCCAUGGUCGCCUUACGCCGUCUAAGAUCCUCUUGGACCGUAACCUCGUACCGAAGAUAACUGGGUUUGGACUGAUAAUGCACAGUGAUCAAUCUGAUACGAAACCUGAUGUGAUGGCUUUUGGGGUAUUGCUUGUGCAUCUUUUAACUGGGAGAAACUGGCCCGGUUUGCUCAAGGCAAUGUCGAUGAACGAGACGAGUAUUCUCAGAGACUUGGAUCAAACAGCUGGUAAGUGGCCGUUGGAGUUAGCUAAGGAGUUUGGUGCACUUGCUGUCAAGUGUUCUUCAGUUAACAGAGGAGGGAACAUGGAAUUUUCAACCAAAGAGAUCAUGGAAGAACUUGGUAAGAUAAGGGCAAAAGCUGAUGAGUUUAGAAACAUAGGAGGGUACGAGGAAGCAACCAAUUCGAACAUCGAUGAAGGUGAUCCCAAUGACAUACCGAGUGUUUUCAUGUGUCCCAUACUUCAGGAGGUGAUGAAGAAUCCACAUGUUGCAGCAGAUGGGUUUUCGUAUGAGCUUGAGGCCAUAGAAGAAUGGCUAGGCAUGGGACAUGACACAUCUCCUAUGACAAAUCUGAGGCUAGAUUACCAGAUUCUUACACCAAACCAUACUCUUCGUUCUCUGAUUCAAGACUGGCAUAGCAAAAGAGCAGCACAAGCUUCUUCCUAGAUUCUUUUGUAUAACCUCGAACUCACAAAAAUAUAUAGAACUCAAAGGAUUUCU